AUGGUUUUAGAGGAUGUAAGAGCCUCUAACCCCAGCACCAAAGGAGAGGUAAAGUCGAUAACUAAUGUCAUUUGGUGCAGAAAGUUCGGGAUUCUGAUUAAGAACGCUCCGCCUCAGCCAAUUCUUGAUGUGUGUUGGUGUAGACCUCAGGUGGUAUGGGUUAACCUAAAUUUUGAUGGAAGUUCCAUAGGUAAUUCAAGGCGUGCAAGAGCUGGUGGUCUAUUUCACGACCAUUCGGGAAAAGUGUUGGAUUCAUAUAAAAAUUUUAUGGGUGUGACAAGUGUUUUCCAGGCCAAGUUGGAGGGCCUUAUGGUGGGUCUCUUGAGAGCUCAUGAGUUGGCAAUAAACCAAUUGUGGGUGGAAACGGACUCAAGAGUUGUCGUGAUAUCAUUUCAGCAAAAGAAAAUCCCAUGGUAUGCUCUCCAAAGAUGGAUUUACCUUCAGCCUUUCUUGGAGGGAAUUGAAUGGAAGAUCACACACAACUUCAGGGAAGCAAACUCGAUCGCUGAUUAUUUGGCUCGAGAUGCAGCAAAGAUUGGGAUAUCGGGUUCGAAUAUUGCAUUCCCUGGGCACGUUCUAGAGAUGAUGAGAAGAGACGCUGAUGGAAGACCAAAUUUCAGAUUUGGCUAG